GCGCGAGGGCUCCUGGGCGCGGUUGCCGGGGUGACGGCGGCGUUUGCGCAGCGCUGCCCGUGCGUGCGCCGCUGGUCUGUGCCCGCCGCUGAGCCGGGAGCGGCGCUAUGGCCAGCGUGCACGAGAGCCUGUACUUCAACCCCAUGAUGACCAACGGGGUGGUGCACGCCAACGUCUUCGGCAUCAAGGACUGGGUCACUCCGUACAAGAUGGCGCUGCUGGUGCUGAUCGGCGAGCUGGGCCGGGCCGGGCCGCACCUCAGCCUGCUCGAGAGGCGGCGCCUCAACCGGCUGCUGCUGCCUCUGCUGCAGGGGCCUGAUAUGACACUGUCUCGCUUGAUUAAAGCUAUUGAAGAAUGCUGCCCUCACUUAGCAAGUUCUGUUCAAAUAAGAAUAAAGCUAAUGGCAGGAGGGGAGUUGAAAGAUAUGGAACAAUUCUUUGAUGAUCUUUCGGAGGCAUUCAGUGGAACAGAACCAGAAGUUCACAAAACCAGCGUUGUAGGCUUGUUCCUGCGCCACAUGAUCCUGGCGUACAACAAGCUCUCAUUCAGCCAAGUGUACAAGCUUUACACAGCUCUUCAGCAGUACUUCCAAAAUGAUGAGAAGACAAGCGGAGGACGAGAAGACGAGACUGAGAUGGAGCUGACCCACUGUGGGGAGCUGGAAGGGAAGAUGGAGAAAGAUGAAUUUGAUGGGCCUCUCAGGGAGGAAGAAAUAUCUUGCAAUGGCCCGCUGUCACAGAAGCAAGCAGAAUACUUCCUAUCUCAACAGGCAUCUUUAUUGAAAAAUGAUGAGACCAAAGCUCUCUCUCCAGCAUCUUUGCAAAAGGAGUUGAACAGCUUGUUAAAAUUUAACCCAGAUUUUGCUGAAGCGCAUUAUUUAAGCUACUUGAACGGCCUUCGGGUCCAAGAUGUCUUCAGUUCAACACACAGUCUCCUUCACUACUUUGACCGCUUGAUACUCACCGGCGCAGAAAGCAAAAGCAACGGCGAUGAAGGCUGCGGGCGGAGCCUGAGAUACGCAGCUCUCAACUUGGCUGCGCUGCACUGCCGCUUUGGUCACUACCAGCAGGCUGAGCUCGCCCUUCAGGAAGCUAUCCGGAUCGCUCAGGAGUCCAAUGACCACGUCUGCCUGCAGCAUUGCCUGAGCUGGCUGUACAUCUUGGAGCAGAAAAGGUCGGACAGCUGUGUGCUCUUGGAGCACUCUGUGAAGAAAGCCGUCUAUUUUGGAUUGCCGUAUUUAGCUUCCCUGGGGAUCCAGUCCUUGGUUCAGCAAAGAGCUUUUGCGGGGAAGACUGCCAACAAACUAAUGGGCGCCUUAAAGGACUCCGACCUCUUGCACUGGAAACACAGCUUGUCCGAACUCAUUGACAUCAGCAUUGCCCAGAAGACGGCCAUUUGGAGACUGUACGGUCGCAGCACCAUGGCCCUCCAACAGGCCCAGAUGUUGCUGAGCAUGAACAGCCUGGAGGCCGUGAACGUGGGCGUGCAGCAGAACAACACCGAAUCGUUUGCUGUGGUGCUGUGCCACCUGGCAGAACUACAUGCGGAGCAGGGCUAUUUUACAGCAGCCUCUGAAAUACUGAAGCACCUGAAAGAGAGAUUUCCUCCCAACAGUCAGCAUGCACAGCUGUGGAUGCUGUUUGACCAGAAGAUCCAGUUUGACAGAGCUAUGAACGAUGGCAAAUACCAUGUUGCUGGCUCCCUGGUGGCUGGGAUUACAGCCCUGAAUAGCACCGAGGGGGUUUACAGAAAAGCCAUCCUGCUUAAAGCACAGAAUCAAAUGUCUGAGGCGCACAAACUCCUGCAGAAGCUCUUGAUUCACUGCCAGAAAAUUAAGAACACCGAGAUGGUGAUCAGUGUCCUCCUGUCCAUUGCUGAGCUCUACUGGAGGUCUCUGUGCCACACAAUAGCUCUGCCCGUCCUGCUCCAGGCACUGGCUCUGUCCCAGGAAUACCGCCUCCAGUACUUGGCCUCUGAAACCAUCCUCAACUUGGCUUUCUCCCAGCUAAUCCUUGGCAUUCCUGAGCAAGCGCUGAGCAUUUUGCACAUGGCGAUUGAGCCCAUCCUGGCUCACGGGGCAGUGCUGGACAAAGGAGCCGCCAUCUUCCUGGUGGCCAAGUGCCAGGUCGCCUCUGCUGCCUCCUACCCUCCCCAGAAGAAGACGGAAGCUCUGGAGUCAGCUAUCCUGAACCUCAACGAAGCCAAAACCUAUUUUGCCAAGGUGGACUGUAAGGAGCAGCUCCGGGAUGUCCUUUAUCUGCAGGCCAGGCUCUUCCACAGCCUUGGCAAGGCCCAGGAGAGGAACCAGUGUGCCAUGCUCUUCCGCCAGCUGCACCAGGAGCUCCCUGCGCGGGGGGUCCCCUUGAUCAACGCCUUCAAAUGAGCCCUUUGAGCAGAGGGCCUCAUUCCAGAACAACAGGGCUCAGCGCCGUUCCGCUUCAGCAGGACUUGUGCAAGAGAACUCUCAAAUAGAUUGCCUCCUAAGCCGUUCCUCUGCAGCAGCCUUUCCGAGACUAGUGCUGUCCUCAUGUUUGGGUUGGGGCUGAUGAGGCAGUAGCCCAAAACAUCUGGAGUUUCCCCCCCACCUCCUUCCAUUUAUUAUUAUAUGUCUCUUGUUCUGUGCAAUCCUCAGCAUUUGGAAAUCAGUACCAAUAAAGUUGUAGGUUUUGGGGUUUUUUCUUGCUACAAAGAA